CAAAGAACGACCUCCGCUUCCAACUCCCACACCGUCCGCCGAGCAUGCCCAGGCGAGUAAGAAGCGCAAGGAUGUGAGCUCCUCGAUGGAAGGGGCUUCGCGCUCGGGGCGAGGUCUCCACCCUCAAGCCUUCAUUCUUGCAUGGGGACUAUGAGCCUCGCCGUUUUCUGCAGAGCUUCAUCCCUCCGCCAGACCGAAUGGAGAUAAGUUCGGCCGCCUCGGAAGACCUCGCCUCCACUCUCUUGCUCGAGUUGGGCUCAAUUUUCAUUGUUGUUGUAGGUGGCCAUGCGCGCCCCAGAGCUGGUGGAGCGCUUCGAGUGGGGGAGCUUGCUGAUGCCGAGGAGCGGGCUCGGGCUUCAGAGCGGGCUCGCACUGCUGCUGAGGAGAAGGUACGCCGCCUGGAUGAGGAAGCCGAGCACGUGGUCGAGGCCUUUCAGACCUCCCACGAGUUCGAGGAGGCGGCUCUCGCCCGCAUGGACGAUCUCCUAAAGAUCUGGGCUCGAACUCCCGUCGGCCAACGUUUCCUCUUCAAAGAGGGGCAAGCCAAUUACUCCAUGGGUUUGCAACGGGCUCAAGAAGUCUUGCUAGAGCGGAUCAGAGAUGGGAAGGAGCUACCGAAGCCAUGCGAGAACCCUGAGGAGUUUGACUCAUCCAUCUACUACUCCGAGGACGAGGACGCCACUGGCGGGGGUGAGGACACCGCUG